UGGAUUUACAGGAGGUUUUAGAAUAAGAAUAUCUGAAACUAUAAAAGAAGGUCUUUGCCAUAGAGGCCAGUUGAGAGCCCACAGGAAGGGACUGACAGACAGACAAGAGGAAGUGGUUCUUUGAAGCUCCAGGCGUUGCCUCUCUUCUCUGUGUGCUGUUUUUGGGGACUGCAGUUCAUUCAUGGGAGAGAAUGGCUCGCAAGGGGGCUCCUGGUUUGUCCCCUCAUCCAUCCACCCACAGUUCCUCUCCCAGCUGUCCCCCUCUGCAGACAUGGCUGUUGCUGUCUUCCUUACCUUCACAGGUGUCGUAUCAUUGCUGGGGAACGGCACGGUGUUGUUAGUUUACAGCAGGAAAAGGAAGAAGCUCAGACCUCCAGAGCUCAUGACCAUCAACCUGGCUCUCUGCGAUUUUGGCUUCAGCCUCUUGGGAGCGCCAUUCUUCAUCAUUUCCAGCCUGUGUCAUGCCUGGGUGUUUGGUGAAACAGGAUGCCUUUGGUACGGCAUCCAGGGCUUCGUGUUUGGCAUCGGCUCUCUGCUCACCACCUGUCUCAUCUCUGUGGACCGUUGCCUGAAGAUCUGCUGCUUAAGAUAUGGUCACUGGAUUGAGAGGCGCCAUGUGUCUCUGUCCAUAGUGCUGGUGUGGGUUUACACAUCAUUCUGGGCCACAAUGCCUGCUUUUGGCUUUGGAAGUUAUGGACCAGAACCUUAUGGGAUCAGCUGCACUAUCAACUGGUGGAGUAUGAGGUCUUCUCUGAAUGACAGAAUCUACAUUUUCCUCAUCCUGAUAUUGUGCUUCGGAUUGCCUACGCUCACCAUCAUCUGUUCGUAUUUGGCCAUCCUGCUGACGGUCUACAGAUCUAAUCGCACUCUGGCAUCUAUACCGUCCUCCUUUGUCAGUCACACUAGCAAAGACCUGAGACUUACAAAGAUUGCCGCUGUGGUGUGUGCCACCUUCCUCGUGGCCUGGUUGCCCUAUGCCACCAUGUCUCUGAUCUCUGCACUCAUUCCCAUCGAUGACCAAGAGGCAGAAGGUACUUUACAGACUGUUAUGGAGGAGUCCACUGGUAUGGCCUUCAGCUCUCCGAAUGGUCCAAAGAUCAUGGACAUCCCCUCGCUGCUCAACUGGACCGCGGAAGAAUAUUACAGACAAAUCUACUACAACCCUGAGAACAAGUGGAGUGAAGUAAACAAUUCAACCUCCAUCACUGACCUGAGUGACGCCAUGUUCAGGUCCAAAGCGGAGCCAAUGGCCAGGAGCCCCCAGUCGUUGUCCUCCCUCCCACCUGUAGUCAGCUUGAUCCCUGCUAUGUUUGCCAAGUCCCACUGUGUGAUCAACCCUUUAAUCUACCAGAUUAUGAACAGGGAGUUCAGGAAUGACUUGUAUGUGAUGGUGUUCGGCCAAGAGAUGGCAAAGAGGAGGAGAGCACAGGGGAGGAAGGAGAGCUUAUAUGAAAGUAAUGAAGGGAGCAUAAACCUCUCCUACUGCCAGAGCUGGAUGAGGAAAAGGAGCUACCCCAUGUCUUUGUCUGUCGGAAUAAAAAACAUGAAUCGAGGCAGCAGUAGUGGAGGGAGAACAGACUCGUGGGUAAAUAAUAUCUCAGUGGGGGCUGAUGCUCUGGACUUUGAGUCCUUAGACACUCAAGACAACAUGGAGAGACACUGCAGCAGCACCGGUGGACGGAGAGAUCUGAGAGGGUCCACAGCUAGCACACUCACUGUCUGAUAGAUAGAUAGAUAGAUAGAUAGAUAGAUAGAUAAAGUCCGAAUGUAUGCAGUGAAAAUGACUUAUCCUCCUCCAACCUGUGUGGGUUUACCGUGGGUGUACCGGGGCCUUUUAGUACUUUCUCACUUUCUGACCAACAAUAAAAACAUCUUAUUUAUCACUUAUAAAACAAUCUAAUUUCUUUCCUUGUUGUCUUGUAAUUUAUAUGUUUUAUAAUAGAUAUACAUCAGCCUGGUUUUUGGUUGUGGUUGCCAGGUUAUCCUGCUAGUGGACCCAUGGGAAUAUACAGAAUACACCCACUUAUUUUUCAGUCUGCAUUGGGUACAAGCAAUAACUCCCCUCUGAUGUGCAUCAUUCAGUGGGGUUCUGUGAGCUGAAUUUUUAUUCUUAGGCUGGCGAAGGCGUGAUAUAGUUUUUUUUUAUUCAUGAGCGGAUGGAGUAAGCAAUAAGGAAUGCUUCACUCAAAAUGCAAAAUCAUGUAUUUCUGCUGUGGGCCAGCAUUGAUUGCAAAAUCUGCACCUCUCCUGUUAACUUCAUGAUGAUCCUUACGCCCUGAAGUCAAGCAGCAGAGGUUGAAGUGACAAUGUGCAAAUAUUACUGGCACAUUUUUAGGUGAACUAAGUAUGCAAGAGCAGUCUUACAUUCACCCAUUACUGGACAGGCUGUUAAAAAUAAAUACAAUUUUUAAAAUUAAGGCAUAAAUGAAGAAUAAACCCACUUCUCCAGGCACCACCACUCCACUGCAUGGGCUGUUCCUGUAGCUGGAUGCUGCCUGGCCCCCUGGUCAGCUGUGGGGUUCAUUGAUGGAACAAAAAGUACUUAAAUAAUAUGUAACAAUAUUUAAUGUUAUAUUACAUUAUUGAAAUAUAUGGAAAUUGUCUUUAUGCUGUUCAGCUUUCUGGCAGUAGAGUUAGAUGAGCGGUUGCUAGGCAACCAGCUGAGACUCCAGGAAGUUUACUGCUCCCAUCCAGUUGGAAGAUGAUAUCCGGUAAAACAGUAAGUUGUAUUUUUUUUUUUUACACAACAAACGACAUAUCACCCGCUAAUUAGAAAGAGGGAUGCAGCACAGGGUCAUUAUCAGUUGGUACCGAGCAAAAAUACCUAAUCAAUUGUAUUCUAAAAAUAAUCAAAUGACCACAAACCAGCUGAGACCAUAUAACCAUAAGUUACACUGCCAAUGGCUGAGACACAACUUGAAUAUGUUAUUUCAGACUGUGUUUAUCAUAUACGUCUGUUUGGCUCAUAGUUUCUCUAAAUCUGAAUGAUUUCUUGUGCAAAAAAAAAAG